CAGGACGUUGAGAACUUCAGGGAGAACGUCAAGCAGGGGUACCUUCCGCUGCCCACAGAUGUCACCUUUGAGGGAAUUGCAAAGGACUACUACUUUGACACCACCUCCAACACCUCCCAGCCCUGCACCGAGCUGUUCUGCCCCAUCUACUCCCUGGCAGCCGCACCAGACCCGCUGCGCAACGCCAGCGCGGCACGGAGGCGCAGCCUGCUGCAGGCCGCCAGCUUGCAGGCCUCCGACUUCCGCCGCCCGCGCCUCAACCUGGUGCUGCUGCUGGAUGUGAGCGGCUCCAUGGGAGAGAGCUUCAUGAGCUACUACUACGAUGCAGCCGGCACGCAGCAGAACCUGACGGCCGAAGAGCUCAACACAACCAAGAUAGAUGUGGCCAAGGAGGUUCUAUCGGGGGUGCUGGACCUGCUGGCUCCCAACGACUCUGUCGCUAUUGUUCUGUUCUCCACCAGAGCCUGCACGCCCCAGCCCCUGUCCCGCGUCAGCUGCCUGGACAUUCCAGCGCUGCAGGCGCAGAUUGACAAGGACAUGCACGCCACCUCCUCCACCUCCCUCUCCGCCGGCCUGGACUUGGCCAUCGCGGAGCUUAAGAAAUGCAGCGAGGGGAUGAGCGCCAGCCUGACGGACACCGAGAACCGCAUCAUGGUCAUCACAGACCAGCAGCCCAACUCUGGGGACUACACAACGGGAGGGCUGGCUGCACGGCUGCGCAAGGAUGCCGAUGACGGCAUCUUCACCACCAUCAUCGGCGUGGGCCUGGACCUCAACAGCGAACUCGCGGAGAGCAUCAGCAAGGUGCGCGGAGCCAACUACUACUCCGUUCACCGCCCUGGCGAGUUCAGGCGCCGCCUCACAGACGAAUUCGACUUUGCUGUCACUCCUCUUGUCUUCGACCUGUCCCUGGCUGUGGACCCGGGCAGCCUGGGAGAGCAGGGGUGGAAGGUGCUGCACGUCUACGGCUCGCCCAACCCAAACGACACCGCCCUGAACGCCGCCGGCACCAUCACGCAGGUGGGACCAGCCUGA